UCCUGGUCUUUCCGCCCUUUCCCCCUCCCAUCCUCACAAUUUAGGCUCUUUUCUUGCGCCACACCCAAUCCAACCAACAAUAGUUCUGUCCUCAGAGAAGGGACUGACGAUGGAGUGCGACUGAAGCCGUUAAACGAUUAAACCUCUUUGCGCACUUUCUCCAUCCCUCGUUCCGGCCGUUAUCUCGCUCUUGGCAACCAUGGAAUCCAGUCACAGGGGCGAAGACCACAAUACCGGUCGCAGAGUUCGUGAGCUCUAUCGCUACUUCCAACCGGAACGCUUCCUCAAUGGGAACCCGACCUCCAGCAGCAAUAGCUCGCCCUUUUCAACCUCGGCUCCAAUCCAGGAUUCGUCUCUGGUUACCCCUCCGUCGCCGUCGAUCUCUUCGCAACCACCGUUACCCGGGCCCGUCGGUGCAGCAUCUGCAGUUGUGCCAGAGGAGGCCUUGGUCCUAGGUAAUCCCAAUACAACGUUGACGUCCUUCGCGCAGCUGGCAGCGUUGCGUCUUGACGUCGAGCGUGUUUUGAUUAGUGUCUCGGAUCGUAACUCACAAUUCAUCCUGGCACAGUCAACGCGGUCGUCCUCUACACCAAGCAAGUGUGAUUUGCCACAAGAUGGAAUAUGGAACGGCUGUAGCACAAUUUCUGCCGAGGCAUGGAAGAUGUGUGCGGCCACAGUAGCGCUCGGCCCUUCGAAAAGAGACGAAGGCCAGUGCAAGUUCCUCGUCAUUGACGAUCUAAGCCAGGAUGACGAAUACAAGGGCCUUUCGUUUGUGCGUGAGAAGCCCAACUUCCGAUUCUACGCAGGAACUCCUUUGACAACGGAGACCAAUAUCAAUAUCGGCUGUCUCUUUGUCCUGGAUACCAAACCCCAUGACGGACUGACCGACACGGACAAGGAGACGAUGAAAACAUUGAGUACCCUUAUCAUGGACUAUUUGCGAGUGAGCCGUCAAGCUUCCGAGGGGAGACGUGCCACCCGGCUAUCUCGGGGUCUCAGCUGUUUUGUUGAGGGUAGUUCCAGCCUUGUCGAUACACAUCCUUCGUAUGCGGGAAGCUUCGCCGCGGCGCCGGGCACGCCCCAAUCGUCCAAUUUGAGGGCGAACCACCUCUCGGUGGGUUCGCUCAACAGUUUCGAGCUCCCGUCCCGGCGAUCUCAGAGCAGUGAUGCCCGUUCGAUCAGUUCCAUGUCAGAGGGCCGGGGCGAUUCCGGCUUGUCACCACUUCCAGAUUGGUGGUCGGGCAAUCGGGGGAAUCACCGGCCGGAGGAAGUCCAUGGUAACUCCUGGGCCUUCAAGCGCGCGGCAAAUUUGCUGCGUGAGAGUCUUGAGCUCGGCGGUGAUGGUGGUGUGAUUUUCUUGGAGGCAGGCAAUACACCAAUGCUCGAUAUGGAGAGCGGUAGCGACUGUUCUGCAGAAAACAGCUCGCCGGCUCCCGUAUUGGCUAUCUCGACAAACGACGAACCGUUCGCGCCGGGACCUGGUAGCUCCAAUCUCUACCCAGCAUCGAACUUCGAUAGCAGUUUUCUGCAUCAGCUGCUCCGGCGCUAUUCGAAAGGAAAGCUAUGGUCCUUCCACCGAGAUGGGCUACUCUCCAGCUCCGACGAUGAAAAGCCUUCCCGGAGUCGUUCUCGAGCCACCAAGACCCCUGAACUAGGCAGGGGUACGGGAAAGAAGCGGAAGUCCUUGGAAAACUCCAUGCUGAAUCUCUACUUUCCCAACGCAACCCAGGUUCUCUUCGUGCCUUUAUGGAACGCCGCCAAUUCUCAAUGGUUUUCUGGUUGCUUCUGUUGGAAUACGAUUGAAACCCGCGUCUUCAAUUCCUCCGUGGAGCUGAGCUCUGUCCUUGGGUUUGGAUCUUCCAUCAUGGCGGAAUAUAGCCGGGUGGAAUCGCUUAUUUCUGACCGUCAGAAGGGGGACUUUAUCGGCAGUAUUUCGCACGAAUUGCGUAGUCCCCUGCACGGUAUCUUGGCAGCGGCUGAGUUUCUGGGAGGGACGAAACUGGAUGACUUUCAGGGCUCGCUCCUGGAAACUAUUGAUGCAUGUGGUCGGACCUUACUGGAUACGAUGAACCAGGUCCUGGAUUACAGCAAGAUUGUCUCUUUGGAGAAGUCAUGGCGUCAUAUCAAGCGAGAUAGAACAGUGCCAUCCGAUUAUCGGGCGCUCGAUCGGCUAUCAGCUCAUUUGGACACGUAUGUAUCAACAGACCUAGCCCUUUUAACGGAGGAAGUGGUGGAAGGAGUGUGUCUGGGGCAUGCGUACGGUCAGAGAUCCACUAUCUCGUCUGAUCAACCUGUUGUGGUGUCGCCCGUGGAGGACCCAAGCCACAAAAGCAACCUCUCACACCCUCAGCCUGCAGUCGAUGUCGUCGUGAACAUUGCACAGAAUGAUUGGGUCUAUCAGACCCAACCAGGAGCUUUGCGGCGUAUUAUCAUGAAUGUGUUCGGCAACGCCAUGAAAUAUACAGAUUCGGGUCGGGUGUCUGUGCGACUGGAGGUGACCGAGGCUGAGGGUCGUUAUCGCCGGUCAGGCAUGGAGGAGUUGGUGACCCUCGUUGUUUCGGAUACCGGUAAAGGCAUUUCAGAGGAGUUUUUGCGCGGUCGCCUGUACACUCCAUUCGCUCAGGAGGAUACGUUGGCCGUGGGAACUGGUCUAGGGCUGUCUAUUGUCCGGAGCCUCGUGAAAUCGUUGAAUGGUCGCAUCGACGUGAAUAGCACGCCCGGUGAGGGGACUACUGUGAAGGUCACCUUGCCUUUCUUGCGACCGGAUGUCGAAGAUAUCGCCGAGGACCCGCUCACCCCGCGGUCACCAUCCGUAAAGGAAAAGGACAGCCCCACCGAAAGCCGUCUCUUACGGGACAACCACGCGGGGAGACGGAUUGCUAUCGCCGGCGUGGAGCCAGAUGAGAUAGCAAGUCAUCCUUGGUGGUCUAUUAUUAGUCGUUAUUUGACCGAGUGGUACGGUCUCGAGCUUGUCUCCUGGCCGUCUCGGACACCUGUCGAUAUCGUCUUAUCUGAUGGAGCCGCUUCAGCUGCGGAUCUGAAGAAGCAGUUUGUAACCAGAGUUCCAGCUCUUCUCCUCCUCUGCGACAAAUCCGUCGACCGAACUACUAAGCUACAAGAGUGCUCUUCUCUGGCUAGCGUAGUAAAUAUCAUCCGCCCGCCAUGCGGCCCACACAAACUUGCUCGAAGCAUCCGGAAAUGCUUUGAUUCACAAGCUGACAGCAUCCCGACCACGAGGUCCAUUGUCCUUCCGGACCGCCCCAAGUUCGUCCCCGAUGGCAAAGGCGGUUUUGAGCCUGAGUUCUCCGAUGAUAUGGCAGAGUUAACACCAGGCGCCACGAGCAGUUCGGGCGCAUCAUCAUCUCUUGGAUCAGCACACUCCCCAACACACAGUGAAAUCCCGGAAACCCUUCCUACCAUCAUGUCUCCAUCUUCCUCAGUACGGGAUCCCUCGCCGUCCCAAAUCAAGGAACCGGAGCCCACGCCCCAGCGCCUCGCACGUGUCCUUGUCGUGGACGACAACUCCAUCAACCUCAAUCUCAUGUUGACCUUUAUGAAAAAACGCAACCUGGCUACGUUGGAUGCGGCUGAGAAUGGUAAAGUAGCUGUUGACGCCGUGGAAAGGCUUCAACAAGGCUAUGACCUGAUUUUCAUGGAUAUCUCGAUGCCCGUGAUGAACGGCUUUGAAGCUACUCGGGCUAUUAGAGCCAUCGAGAGAGAACGCGACUGUUGUACACCUGCGACGAUCAUUGCCCUGACUGGACUCAGCAGCUCGCGCGACGAGUCGGAAGCCCUUACUUCUGGCGUCGAUCUGUUCCUCACGAAACCGGUUUCGUUCAAGGAAGUCUCACGACUCCUGGAGGAAUGGGCAGAAAAAGGCCUAGGAGACCGGCAUAGACUGCCGACUCUGAAUUGA